AUGUUUCUUCAAAGAAAACUGGAACCCUAUGGAGGGCAAGACAAUACGCAUACUCAGCGUUGGAAGGGCAAUAGUUGGGCCCUGGCUGGAGAAGAUGUAGGUUCAUCGGAAUCCAAUUCCCCUUCUGCACCAUUAAGGUCCUGUGGCGAUAGAGACAGGAGUCGCAAUGAAGAAGCAGGAAAAGGUCCUGUGGCGAUAGAGACGGGAGUCGCAAUGAAGAAGCAGGAAAAGGUAUGUUCCCCUCUUGCAUGGAAUCAGAACGCCCAACCUCUCAUCAGCCACGUGGACAAGAGACCUCACAGUUACGACAAAUUGACUGUUCCUUGGGAGUUGAAACACAACAACAUUUCUGUAAAGAUGCUGUCCUGGAUUUAA